AUGUCGACAGAGAACCUAUCCGCAUCUUGCCUCGAUUCAGGUCCAACCUCCCACAAAAUGUACGACUUCCCCACUGAGAGGACUGAAUCACGCUUCAAUUUUGCUAGUUCACGGCAUUCGGUUGUUCUUGUCUUGACAUCAGUUUUCGAAGCCAUCGUUGUCAUUGCGUUGGAAGCCGUCAUAUUUGCAAAGUUCAUACAGCAUCAUGCGAACGAGGAGCUAGGGCAAGGCAUUCCUGUAUACCUCAUGAUUUUCAUCAUCUGCCAAGUGUAUCAAGUCGGCAUUGCAUGGGAUGCAGUACGGAUGCAGAAUACCAUUCAAGUCAUUGCCUUCAUUCUAUUGAAUUUGUGCUGUCUCAUGUAUGGCAGCUUUCAGUUUCAACAAAUCUCGGAAGCAUUGAACGAUAUACAAAACAACAAUCCAGCCCUCACAUCCACCGUGGCCAUGUAUGGUGUCGACUUCUCAGACCUCAAAGCUUUGAUCGAUCGUCUCUUGAUUGCCAACGUUAUCGUCAUUGGACUUUGUGAGCUCAUUUAUCUGUAUUUGGGUGCGAGGUUAUACCAAGAGUUUGGAUGGCGUAUCUACAAGAAAAUCGGUGCUGAUCCUGAGAUUCGAAACAUGUAUCGAUGGUAUCAAAUCCUGUUGACGAUCCUCAAGAUCGAUAUGUUCUUCUUCCUCGGCUAUUCUAUUCAAUACUUGGUUCUCGUGUUGCAGUCAGGCGAUGUCGAAUUUCCUCUUACCAUCAUUGCGCUACCGCUGACAUGUUUAUUUUUGGUCCUCGCUGUGUAUGCGGUUCGACAUGAAUCCAAGCCGCUUGUGUUGAUAUUCUUCGUAGGCGCAGCUGCAGGCUGUGCAUACUUUAUUUACAAGAUUGUGCGCAUCUUCGAUCCGACGCAGGCAGAGAAAUAUAGAAACAUCAAGAACUUUUUGACCUUUUUCGCAAGCGUCUCAUUAGCGCUGCUGGUGCUGACGAUUGCCAACAUUGGUAUCUGCUGGUCUAAUUUCAAGAAAGGUCUCAAAGCCCAUUUAUUACGUGACCGGAGUACAGCCACGCUUGCUCAUCAUGCAGGUGACAGGAUGCUUUCCUUGGAUUGA